ACAAUAAAGUUUAGCGCUGGGCGCCCGCACGCAGUAGGCGCAAAGAACCCACCGCCGUGUCCGUGCGCCGCGCUCCUCCGGCGCGAGGCGAGUCUAGAAGUUCCGAGUUCCAUCUGCGAAGGUGAACGCGGCGUUUGGACGGGAAGCGCGGACCGUUUGAUGUGUGGAUACUGAGUUCGAGCGAAGGGCUCUGAGUGGGAUCUAACCUCCGAGGCGCACGGGACCACACGCGCUCCUCUCCUGCCGGGGCUGCACGCGCGCGCCGCGGUUUCCAGGGCGACCCGACCCACCGCCGGCGUCCGAACCGCGCGCCUGCCCGCCCGCCCGCCCGCCACGAUGGGCUCGUUUGCCGGCGCGGCGCUGCUCGCCCUCGCGCUCGGCCCGCUGUGCGCCGUGCGCGCGUUCGGCGACGAGCCGGAGGAGAUGACCUGCGACCCGAUCCGCAUCAGCAUGUGCCAGGGGCUCGGGUACAACGUCACCAAGAUGCCCAACCUGGUCGGCAACGUGCUGCAGUCGGACGCCGAGCUGCAGCUGACCACGUUCACGCCGCUCAUCCAGUACGGAUGCUCCAGCCAGCUCAAGUUCUUCCUGUGCUCCGUCUACGUGCCCAUGUGCACGGACAAGGUCCCCAUCCCCAUCGGCCCGUGCGGCAGCAUGUGCCUCUCCGUCAAGCGGAAGUGCCUGCCGGUGCUGCAGGAGUUCGGCUUCAUCUGGCCCGAGGUGCUCAACUGCAGCCUCUUCCCGCCCCAGAACGACCACAACCACAUGUGCAUGGAGGGCCCCGCGGACGAGGACCCCCCCUACCAGCCGGUGCGGCACCCCCCCCACCAGGACCCCUGCCAGGCGCCCGACGCCGGCACCUGGCACAAGCGGGGCGCCGGCUGCGUGCUGCAGUGCGGCUACGACAGCGGGCUGUACCGGCGGGGCGCCAAGGUGUUCACGGACGCCUGGACGGCCGUGUGGGCCGCGCUCUGCUUCCUCUCCACCACGCUCACCGUCCUCACCUUCCUGCUGGACUCGCAGCGCUUCUCCUACCCCGAGCGGCCCAUCAUCUUCCUGUCCAUGUGCUACAACCUGUACAGCGUCGCCUACCUGGUGCGGCUGACGCUGGGGAGGGAGCGCGUGUCCUGCGACCUGGACGACGCGGGGGUUCCCAUCCUGGUGCAAGAAGGGCUGAAGAGCACGGGCUGCGCCAUCGUCUUCCUCCUCCUCUACUUCUUCGGCAUGGCCUCAUCGCUCUGGUGGGUGAUCCUCACCCUCACCUGGUUCCUGGCUGCUGGACUGAAGUGGGGCCACGAGGCCAUUGAGAUGCACAGCUCCUACUUCCACAUCGCAGCGUGGGCCAUUCCGGCGGUCAAAACCAUCGUCAUCCUCAUAAUGCGCCUGGUGGACGCGGACGACCUCACCGGCCUCUGCUACGUCGGCAACCAGCAGCAGGAGGCGCUCACGGGCUUCGUGGUGGCACCGCUGGCCACGUACCUCCUCAUAGGCACCUUGUUCAUCUGUGCCGGACUCGUGGCCCUUUUCAAGAUCCGCUCCAACCUGCAGAAGGACGGCGCCAAGACGGACAAACUGGAGCGGCUGAUGGUGAAGAUCGGCGUGUUCUCCGUCCUCUACACGGUCCCCGCCUCCACCGUCAUUGGCUGCUACCUCUACCAGCUGUCCAACUGGGGGGAGUUCAAGGGCAGCACCAGGGACUCGUACGUGGCCUCCGAGAUGCUGCGGAUCUUCAUGUCGCUGCUCGUGGGCAUCACGUCGGGCAUGUGGAUCUGGUCGGCGAAGACCCUCCACACCUGGCAGCGCUGCUCGGCCCGCUUGCUGAGGGACGGGCGGGCGGGCCGGGGGGGCAAGCGGGCGCCCGGCAAGGGCUGGAUCAAACCGGGGAAAGGCAACGAGACCGUGGUGUGAUGGAGAGAGAGGGGGGGGGGGGGAACGGACACUAAGGGACCCCCUGCUGCUCUCCCACCUACAUGAACCCACUACCAAAUGAAGGAUGGAGAUGAGACGGCGAUGACGCGGGAACGUGAUGGAAGUUCCUCAAAGGCUCGUCCGUCUGAGCAGCCGCAGCCUCCCUACCUCCGUUACACUGCCCGGUUCCAAGGCUUCAGAGGCAGAGGUCGAGGGUCCAGCUGCAGGUCAAGCCGCUCCCUCCCGUCCCUCCAGAGCCCCACGCAGACGAGGCGGGAGCCGCCGGACGCCGUGCUCUUAGCGUGUUCCGUUUUACACUGGAGGCUCCUGGUGCAGAUGUUCUACAGAGACUGCGAUUCUAAGACAUGGACGCCCAAAACGCCAAACGCAGCCUUACAUUUACAGACGAGUUCACGUUUGGUGAUAGCUUUUUGUACAACGUCCAACAAAACGGAAUUUGCCCGCUCUGAUUUACAGCUCCAAGCGAUGACGAUGCACCGUGGGACCACAGCUGUGCCUCGCACUGACCCGUAAGCGUGAGAGCUGCACGGUACCGGGGAGACGUGGGCCCGCGUGCAUUCGAGUUCCUGUGAAAUCCUGAAACCUGAAGUCCUCCGGGUCAUCGGAGGCCGGAAGACGCGCUGUGCAGCCGCGCGGCGCCGCCACCGACGCGCAGGUUGUGCAGGCGAGAUCCGGUUUGCAUGGAGCUCGCCGCACCAGCUCGUGCCCAGUGUGUUUUGAAAUACCAGUAAUACGACGGCUGCGUCUUUCUUUUCAGUGCGUGGAACCCGUCAUCCGCUCUGUCUGUCACCGGCGCCGUCUCCCAGACAAUCAAAUGGUCCCUAGGACAGAUUGCGGUGCAUUGUGUUG